CCUAUACUCUCAAAUGGAACAAGAAAAAGAUCCAUGUUCCAACCACUUAUGAAUAUAACCAACCUCUAUCUGUUCAACCUACUAUUAUGGAUGAAAAAGAAUUAGAACAAUUUGAACAAGAAUAUUUAA